GGGAACUGUUGAGGUCCAAGAGGGAGGAGAAAGGAAGGUCUGAAGAGAGCUUAGCAUAUAGCAGUUCCCCUUUAUUUUAUUACUGAAUUCCAUAAACCAAAAAAAGACGACCAAGAUGAAAUUCAUCAUUGGCAUUGGAGGAGUGACCAAUGGUGGCAAGACCACCCUGACUAACAAACUGCUCAGGACGUUACCCAACUGCUGUGUGGUGCACCAAGAUGACUUUUUUAAGAAACCCGAUCAAAUAGAAGUCGGGGAGGACGGCUUUAGACAGUGGGAUGUCAUCUCGGCCCUGGACAUGGAGGCUAUGGUCAGCACCGUGAAAGGCUGGCAGGAGAACCCGGUCAAGUUUGCGCGAUCCCACGGCGUCAGCUUGUCACCCGAAGCUGAGGAAUGCGGCUCGGGCCAGAAAGGGAUCCAUAUUCUCAUUGUGGAGGGCUUCCUCAUCUACAAUUACAAACCUCUCAUCGAUGUCUACGACAGAUGCUUCUACAUUUCGCUUCCGUACGAAGAGUGCAAGUCAAGGAGAAGUACGAGAACGUACACCGUUCCUGACCCUCCCGGUCUGUUCGACGGCCACGUCUGGCCAAUGUAUCUCAAGCACAGGAAACAAAUGGAGAGCCAAUGUGACAGAAUAGAGUACCUCAAUGGAAUGAUGGCGAUAGACGACAUCUACACUUUGGUGUUUGAGAGUAUUCAGAAUGCCCUCCUCAACAACUCAUAGGACGCCGGCUGAGAGGAUCUUGUGUAUAAAUCAUGUAAAUAACUGCCAUUUUAAUGACAUGUACGCCUUACGGGAAAUGUAAAUAGUUGGUUGAGCAGCACACGUUAACUUUUGUAUCACUCUGUCCUGAAAAGAUAAAAAGCCACCCACGCUUUGGCACGGGUUGAAUGAACGUACAAUAUGUACAUGUUGCUGUACAGAUGUAUGUCCAACUGAAAGCACAUAAAAUCAACAAAGCACUCCUGUUUCCUGUUGUUUUUAUCACUCACGUUUGACGGGAUUAGAGAUUAGACCAGAUAAACAUCAUAAAUGUUUAUGAUUAG